ACCGAAAGCGUCUUUGCGACCCGUAACCAUCAAGACCAUCAGUUUCUCAGGAAACGGGUGUUCAAGACCUACUCCAUGAGCUCAAUACUCUCCAUGGAGCACCUGAUCGAUGAAGUCGUCGAUUUGAGUCUUCGGCAGCUUCAUUGCCAUGUCAUGGACAACAGACCGGUUCGGCUCGACCGUUGGACCAUGUUCUUUGCGUACGAGGUGGUCAGCAACCUUGCUCUCGGCCAUCUCAAAGGUUUCCUUGAGCGGGGAGAAGAUGUGAAUAACAUCAUCGAUUCCAAUCACACGGGCUUCUGGCUAAACGCCAACGUUGGCUACCUCCCGGGCCAGAGCAGAUGGUUUUCCAAUUACUACUUCCUCUGGGUCAUGACCAAGCUCGGCUCCAAUUUCAGCGCCAUCAGCGACUGGAUAGAUGGCGCGGUAGCGAAUGGCAGACGUGGCCAUAGCAGUAUAUCGCGAGGGCCAGAUUUGCUGCAGCAUUUUCUCAACAUGUCCGAUGGGGGCGGAAAACCCGUUUCGGACGAGGAGGUUGCGUCGGAGAUUGGAAAUGUCCUGGGAGCUGGAGCGGACACCACCGGGAUUCUGAUCAUGGCUACCAUCAAGUACUUGAUCGAGAACCAGAGUGAUUACUGCCGUCUACAGCGGGAAGUCGAUGCUGAACAUAGACGACUUCAACUUAGUGCAGGACAGGAGAUCCGGUACACGGACUUGGCGAAGUUACCCUUCCUUUUCGCUGUUGUCCAGGAAAGUCUUCGACUUCAUCCUUCAAUCGUAUACCAGCUGCCUAGAGAGUCUCUCAAGUCCGGGACCACGAUCAGAGAUCAACUCAUCCCCCCUGGCGUCAGUAUCAGUGUCAGUGCCGCAGCUGUCAAUCGGUCCGUUGACGUCUUCGGCUCCGAUGCAGAUGCAUGGACGCCGCAAAGGUGGAUGGAGCAAAAUGCUGGAGGUGGUGGCGAUUCGAGUUUCACUUUAGAAUCAAGCUUGAUGACUUUCGGGAGAGGCUCUCGAGGAUGUAUUGGCAAGAACCUAGCGCUUGUCGAGGCUUACAAGUAUACUGCAUCGUUUGUACGGAACUUCGACGCAAGCUUCAUUGACCCCAAGAAGAACGGAACAGUUAUCAGCUAUUGGUUUGCAAAGAUCGAAGGCGUUGACGUCGCACUGACCAGUCGACUGGCGUAA